AAAAGUUAAAAGACUCUUAUCAAUAUAUAAAGGAAGCACGAGAUAAAACUUAGAAAAAACGAGAGCCUAACAUUUACCACCAAAAAAUCAAAACAAACAAACAAAAAGUUUGAGAUGAGAGGGCAUGAGCCACGAUCAAGCUCAUCUUGUGCAGCCUGCAAGCUCUUGAAGAGACGAUGCACACCCACUUGCAUUUUCGCUCCUUAUUUCCGCUCAAGUGACUUGAUAACUUUCGCCAAAGUCCAUAAAGUCUUUGGAGCCAGCAACGUCAGUAAGCUUCUCGGUGAAGUUCCUGAAGAACAGAGACAAGAAACCGUUAACUCCUUGGCUUAUGAAGCUGAGGUUCGUCUCAAGGAUCCUGUUUACGGUUGCAUUGGAGCCAUAGCGUCUCUGCAGAAGAAGAUGCUCGAGCUUCAACACGAUCUAGCUGUUGCUCGCACUCGACUACUUGCCCAUUCUGGGGUCAACAACAGCCAAGUGUCCCCUUUGGAUGAUUCUCCUGAGCUUGCUGCUUUUCUUGAUCUUGUACCUUAUAGUGACUUGAUGUUGCUUGAUGGGUCUACUAAUCUUGAUGCUUACUUGUAUGAUCUUGGACAGCCUCCUUUUGUAUAGGCCUUAUCUCUCUAUCAUAUAUCUCUUUAUCAGCUGUAUUUGCACUUUGCUUUACAAGUUAUCUUUGACAAUCUAAAGUCUGUCCCUAAUGUAUGAAUUCCAGUAUGCAUAAUCAGAUGCUUACUUCAUCAUAUGUAUGAAAAAGGGUUUUAACUUCAAAAGUAACCAUCACAUGCGAUGAGAUAACUCAGGUACAAGAUGAGCCUUGGAAGGUCAGAGUCCUUACCAGUUUUGGACCAAGUGGUAGGCCAAGGUGAGUAAAGUGAGGUGUUUUAGAUGAAGAGCUUCUUUGUAAGUCAGGUAUGAAUAGGAGAG